AUGGUCUCGGCCUCGCACGCACAUCCCGAACCCUUCAACUCAACCUAUCCACUCGCGGCCGACUUCCCCAAAUUUGGCGAGCUUCCCAAGGAGCUGCGUCUCCAGAUCUGGGAAAGCUCCUUGCAACGGCACCGCAUCAUCAAGGUGACACUCUCACCUCGUGAGCUACCGCAGGACGAAGAGCAGAGCAGAAAUUGUCUAGGAAGGGCCGCACGAUGUGCGCGUUACCGCGAUGAUGUGCGCGGACAUCAGGUCCUGUCCAAGCUCCUCACGGUCAAUAGCGAGGCCAGACAGGCAGCCCUACAGUUUUACAGGGUUCACGUGCCCUGCUCUUUCUACCAUGGCGACAUAUCAGAAGACCGGUUUCUCCCCUUCAAUCCGGAGUUCGACUUCCUCCAUAUCCGACCUGGUAGAGGCGCAGAGAGCUUUGCCUACCUCGUCCAUGACUUGAAGACAUACGAUCCUUUGGAAGUCGGCCUCCUGAACCUCGCAAUGGAUGGGGAUAAUAUUCGCGCCCUCCGCAAAGUCGAACCGUCUCGGCUUGAUGCGCCGACGUCGAGGGCGUUCGAGGACACUAUGUCAAAGCUUCGGCAGUUCUACUACCUAUGUGUCGAGAACGCGGGCCGCGUCUGGCUCGGUUAUCUGAGUGGGGUGCCGGCGAUGAGGAGCAGAAUUGCAUUCCAUCGAUCCUGUCCCAUCUGGAGCAAGAUUCCGACUUUUGACCUUGUUCCUCGGGACACUCGGCCAUGCGGAGGGGACCUGCAACGUGUUUUCGUGGGGACAUGCGACCCGAGGGAGAUGGUCAUCGAAUGGCGCCAGCAUCUAGACAGAUGGGGCAUACGACACCGACAGGGUCAAAUCGAUUAUAGCGUUCUGAUCUCGUGCAAGCGACCUACAAAAAGGAUACGUGGUCGCGAUAGUGCGCGGCAGUGGCUGAGAGAAGAACAGGCCGAAUGGGAGCAGGGGCUUGAGGAGGUGGCCUCCUCGACGCGCCAAGGGUCCCGCAUCGGCACCACCGACUCAUCAGAGGAGAUCGCGACGCCGGCUGUAGGGUUCUGGCUGUUUCCCACUAAGGCAAUUGGUCCAUUCCCAGACACACAGGAGUUGAUGGAGUGGAAUCCCAAGGGAAAGAGGGUCCUUGAUAUGAUGGACCACUGGCCUGGACUAGGGCUUUCGCAUUUACCUUGA